CAGAUUCUCUCUUCAUUGUAGCACAGCCGGGUAUACGAAAUGCCGGCCAUUGAAUCGUUGAAACCCAUAGCCCUUCGGAAAAUCUCGACGAGUUCGAAUUUUUAUGUAAAAGAAACUGCGCGAUUGAACUUCUGGUGUGGUGGAUCAAGGGUUCUUCUUCUGAAACAGCCUUGUUUUGAUGGGAAAGGGAAACCGAGUUCAUUCUCUGUUAAUAGUGCCUACAGGCAACCUAGGGCUUCCAGAUAUAUUGGAAGAUUGGAUGCUUGGGGGAGCUUCUUGAACAGCCGGAGAUGGAGAAAGAGAAGAAUUCGGGUGAAUAGCUCUUGUGAACAGGAUAGCGAUUCGAAGAAAAGUUCGAGUGAGAAGAGCGUAGGGAAGCCGAGUGAAAACAAAGGAGGUAGUAAGCCAGCCCCUGCUUCAUCUUCUACACCGCCGCCUCGUCGUGAGAAGAAGCCUGGGAAGAGCGGAUGGUGGAAGGUGGGGAAGUGGCAGUGGCAACCGAUUAUUCCGGCGCAGAAGAUAGGGAUAUUGCUUCUGCAACUGGGGAUUGCUAUGUUUGUGAUGAGAUUGCUACGACCAGGGAUUCCUUUGACGUGGUCGGAACCGAGGAACACGACGACUUUUGUGAGCGUACCUUAUAGCGACUUCUUGAGCAAAAUCAAUAUUAACCAGGUCCAGAAAGUGGAAGUUGAUGGAGUUCAUAUCAUGUUUAGAUUGAAGUCCGAACCUGGAAGUGCGGAGAGUGAAGUGGGUGUCAUCAGUAAAUUACAGGAAACAGAGGCUUUGAUACGAAGUGUAGCCCCCGCUAAGCGGAUUGUCUACACAACCACUCGGCCGAAAGAUAUAAAGACUCCGUACGAGAAAAUGCUUGAGAACGACGUAGAGUUUGGGUCUCCAGAUAAGCGCUCGGGUGGAUUCUUCAACCCUGCCUUGAUUGCUAUUUUCUAUGUUGCUGUACUUGCAGGGCUUCUCAAUCGGUUCCCUGUAAGAUUUUCUCAGCAUAUGGCUGGUCAGCUGAGGAGCCGCAAGUCAGGGGGUUCAGGUGGAGUAAAAGUGUCUGAACAAGGGGAAAUUGUUACCUUUGCUGAUGUUGCAGGGGUUGAUGAGGCUAAGGAGGAGCUAGAAGAAAUUGUGGAAUUUCUUAGGAAUCCAGACAGGUAUUUACGACUUGGUGCUCGCCCUCCUCGAGGGGUUCUCCUGGUGGGUCUUCCUGGGACAGGUAAGACUCUUUUGGCAAAGGCUGUAGCUGGGGAAGCGGAGGUCCCCUUCAUUAGUUGUUCUGCAAGUGAGUUUGUGGAACUGUAUGUUGGGAUGGGAGCAUCCCGUGUCAGGGAUCUCUUUGCAAGGGCAAAGAAGGAGGCACCCUCAAUAAUAUUCAUUGAUGAGAUUGAUGCAGUUGCAAAAAGUCGUGAUGGCCGAUUCCGCAUGGUCAGCAAUGAUGAGCGAGAGCAGACCCUGAAUCAGUUGCUUACUGAGAUGGAUGGGUUUGACAGCAGCUCUGCAGUGAUUGUUCUUGGGGCAACUAAUCGAUCAGAUGUCUUGGACCCUGCACUUUGUCGUCCUGGGAGAUUUGAUCGUGUUGUCAUGGUGGAAACCCCUGAUAGGCGUGGAAGGGAAGCCAUUUUAAGAGUUCAUGUUUCCAAGAAGGAGCUUCCUUUAGGGGAAGAUGUGGACCUUAGUGAAAUUGCUUCUAUGACAACUGGUGUCACAGGGGCAGACCUUGCAAAUUUGGUGAAUGAAGCUGCUCUGUUGGCUGGAAGAUCAAACAAAGUUGUUGUGGAGAAAAUUGAUUUUAUACAAGCAGUGGAGCGUUCUAUAGCUAUGGCAUCCAUACAUAUUUCCUUGGCAUCUGUUGUCUGCAAGAAAGGCAACCCUUCUCCAAAGUUGCUGAAUACUGCUUUCAUCCCUGGAUUUGACAUUGCUGGAUCUGUUUCAAAUGCGUGGGAAAAGGAGGUCUGUCCCACUUCCAUGAGGUCUAUUCCUAGAGCCACAUUAACUUUUGAUCCCCCAACCACCGACGCUGAAAAGACCAAACAGAGGAAACACACAAUUAAUCCUGCUGCCCCUGAUUUUCUUCCGCUGCCAUCCUUUGAUCAAUGCUUUCCAAAGAGUUCAAAAGAAUGCAGGGAAGUUGUUCAUGAGCAAUCUGGGUAUGCGCUUAAGGUUCCAUUUCGACGGGUACACCUGGCUGGAGAGGAACAAUACUUCGAUACAUAUGACACAAGUGGCCCCCAAAAUGUCGAUCCACGUGUUGGCCUUCCAAAAAUACGCGUAGACUGGGUUGACAGGCGGGAAAAGUUAGGUGGACCAAGAUACACUCAGAUGUUCUAUGCUAAGCAGGGAAUUAUAACAGAAGAGAUGUUGUACUGUGCUACUCGUGAGAAACUCGACCCAGAAUUUGUGAGAUCAGAGGUUGCACGUGGGCGAGCAAUCAUUCCUUCCAACAAGAAGCACUUGGAGUUGGAGCCUAUGGUAGUUGGAAGAAAUUUCUUAGUGAAAGUUAAUGCAAAUAUUGGAAAUUCAGCUGUUGUGAGCUCCAUUGAGGAUGAGGUUAACAAACUUCAAUGGGCAACGAUGUGGGGUGCUGACACUAUCAUGGAUCUCUCUACAGGCCGUCAUAUCCAUGAGACCCGUGAAUGGAUCUUACGUAAUUCUGCAGUACCAGUAGGGACUGUACCCAUCUACCAAGCACUUGAGAAAGUGAAUGGAAUCGCAGAGAAUCUCAGCUGGGAAAUAUUUAGAGAAAUCUUGAUUGAACAAGCUGAGCAGGGUGUGGAUUACUUUACCAUUCAUGCAGGAGUUCUCCUUCGCUACAUCCCAUUGACGGCAAAGCGCAUGACUGGAAUUGUAUCUCGCGGGGGAUCAAUUCAUGCAAAGUGGUGCCUGACUUAUCACAAGGAGAACUUUGCAUAUGAGCAUUGGGAUGACAUCCUUGACAUUUGUAAUCAAUAUGAUGUGGCACUAUCGAUUGGUGAUGGCCUGAGGCCUGGUUCAAUUUAUGAUGCCAAUGACUCUGCACAGUUUGCUGAGCUUUUGACUCAAGGGGAACUGACACGUAGAGCAUGGGAAAAGGAUGUUCAGGUAAUGAAUGAAGGACCAGGACACAUUCCAAUGCACAAAAUUCCUGAAAACAUGGAAAAACAGCUGGAGUGGUGCAAUGAGGCUCCUUUCUACACACUAGGCCCAUUAACCACUGAUAUUGCACCUGGAUAUGAUCAUAUCACUUCAGCCAUCGGUGCUGCUAACAUUGGGGCCCUUGGGACUGCACUUCUCUGUUAUGUAACACCAAAGGAACACCUUGGGUUGCCAAAUCGGGAUGAUGUGAAGGCUGGUGUUAUAGCUUAUAAGAUAGCUGCACAUGCAGCUGAUUUAGCUAAAGGUCACCCACAUGCACAGGCCUGGGAUGAUGCACUGAGUAAGGCAAGAUUUGAGUUUAGAUGGAUGGACCAGUUUGCAUUGUCACUGGAUCCCAUGACAGCCAUGGCUUUUCAUGAUGAGACCUUGCCAGCAGAAGGUGCCAAAGUUGCUCAUUUCUGCUCUAUGUGUGGACCGAAGUUCUGUUCAAUGAAGAUAACUGAAGAUGUACGUAAGUAUGCUGAAGAGCAUGGUUAUGGAAGUGCUGAGGAGGCUGUGAAAAGUGGAAUGGAUGCAAUGAGUGCUGAGUUUUUGGCUGCUAGAAAAACCGUAAGUGGAGAGCAACAUGGUGAAGUUGGUGGAGAGAUCUACUUACCUGCAAGUUAUGUUGCUGGAUCGUUGGAGAGAUGAAGGAAAAUUUUCAAAAGGCAACUUGGGUUAUAGCUGGAGCCUUGGCAGAUGAUCAGCUUGCUAGCCCUGGUGAUUACAGUUCAUUUUGGGCUCUAGGUGAGCAAAUAGCUUUAGCUUGUUAAAUAAAUGGAGACAAAUCAGACAAUAUCUUCCUUUUGUCCUAUUUGUCUUAGAAUGUUUCAGUAAUAAAACGCUCGGUGUGUGUUAUCAAUUUUCUGUUCUUCUUUUAAGUUCUUCCGUUGACAUAAUAAAUGCACCGGGGGUGCCUGUAUCUGCUUCAGUCCUGGCUUUUUUGGCCUGGAUGUGGGCAGGGCUGGCUGAGAAAGUCCCUUCGAACCUGAACAGGAUAAUUCCUGCGUAGGGAGUGCAUUUUUUGUUGCCAUUGUUUUCUGUGCUUACUCAGGGAGGGGUCUGCCAUCCAUGGUUCUGGCCAGCUGAUCCAUGCGGGGCAGGUUUGGCAUCAUGAUCAGGUUAUCUUCCUCAGAGCUGGGAAGU